AUGUCUCCUAUGAAUGGGACGACUAAUCUGCAGGACUUGGAGAAAGAGAUUUCGCAUCUUGAGGCUCGUCUGAACAAUGCUAGAGCUCGAUUCGCAUCCUCUGCCCAUCGGGAUGGCAAGCCCGUCAGGAUGUCCAACGAUCCCGCCCACGCAUUGCUCCUCCUAUCGGACUCAGCCCUUCCACUAGGCUCAUUUGCAUAUUCCAGCGGCCUCGAGUCGUAUCUUGCUCACCACAAGCCCCUUCCGGCAUCAACAACGCCAAUCGCAUCGUUCCAUCGCUUUCUGAAACUCUCCAUUGCGUCGGUUGCAAGUACAUCUCUCCCCUACCUCUUGGCUGCCUAUCGACACCCCGAGAAAUUGCAAACGCUCGAUAACGACCUGGAUGCGUCGACACCCUGUGUUGUUGCGCAACGGGUGAGCCUUGCGCAGGGAAGGGCAUUGCUUGGGGUAUGGGAACGAGCUUUUCGCACGACGUACGCCUCGAGCGUUCAGUUAGCAGGAGACACUGCUACGACGGCAGCAGUCAAGACGCUUGCAGGCUUUUCAGACGCGUUAAAAUCCUGCGCCGACACUGUCAAUGAAUUAGGGCCAAAGGGCACUUUGCGCCCUUGUGGGGUGUGGCCUGUCUGGCUAUGGGACUGGAUCUUCACCAGACGGCCUAUCUCUUCAUGUUCAAUCAUGCGAAGGCGGUCCUCAGCGCUGCCGUUCGUGCGUCUGUGA